UGCUAGUUGGUGAAACUGGUUGGUAGACGCGAUCUGCUCGCUACCACUGGUCUCUCCUGGCUGUUAAAAGCAGAUGGUGGCUGAGGUUGGUUCAAUGCCGGCUGCCUCCUCUAUGAAGAAGCCAUUUGGUCUCAGAAGCAAGAUGGGCAAGUGGUGCUGCCACUGCUUCCCCUGCUGCAGGGGGAGAGGCAAGAGCAACGUGAGCACUUCUGGAGACCACGACGACUCUGCUAUGAAGACGCUCAGAAGCAAGAUGGGCAAGUGGUGCUGCCAUUGCUUCCCCUGCUGCAGGGGGAGAGGCAAGAGCAACGUGGGCGCUUCUGGAGACCGCGAUGACUCCGCUGUGAAGACACUCAGAAGCAACGUGGGCGCUUCUGGAGACCACGAUGACUCCGCUGUGAAGACGCUCAGAAGCAACGUGGGCGCUGCUGGAGACCACGAUGACUCCGCUGUGAAGACGCUCAGAAGCAACGUGGGCGCUUCUGGAGACCACGAUGACUCCGCUGUGAAGACGCUCAGAAGCAACGUGGGCGCUUGGGAAGACUACGAUGACAGCGCCUUCAUGGAGCCCGGGUACCACGUCCAUCGAGAAGAUCUGGACAAGCUCCACAGAGCUGCCUGGUGGGGUAAAGUCCCCAGAAAGGAUCUCAUCGUCAUGCUUAGGGACACUGAUGUGAACAAGAAGGACAAGCAAAAGAGGACUGCUCUACAUCUGGCCUCUGCCAGUGGGAAUUCAGAAGUAGUAAAACUCCUGCUGGACAGACGAUGUGAACUUAAUGUCCUUGACGACAAAAAGAGGACAGCUCUGACAAAGGCCGUACAAUGCCAGGAAGAUGAAUGUGCAUUAAUGUUGCUGGAACAUGGCACUGAUCCAACUAUUCCAGAUGAGUAUGGAAAUACCAGUCUGCACUAUGCUAUCUACAAUGAAGAUAAAUUAAUGGCCAAAGCACUGCUCUUAUACGGUGCUGAUAUCGAAUCAAGAAACGAGCUUGGCCUCACACCACUGUUACUUGGUGUACAUGAACAAAAACAGCAAGUGGUGAAAUUUUUAAUCAAGAAAAAAGCUAAUUUAAAUGCACUGGAUAUAUAUGGAAGAAUUUGCCAGUUACUUUCUGACUACAAAGAAAAACAGAUGCUAAAAGCUUCUUCUGAAAACAGCAAUCCAGAACAAGACUUAAAGCUGCCAUCCGGGGAAGAGUCACAAAGGCUUAAAGGAAGUCAAAAUGGCCAGCCAGAGAAAAUGUCUCAAGAACCAGAAAUAAAUAAGGAUGGUGAUAGAGAGCUAGAAAAUUUCAUGGCUAUCGAAGAAGGAAUGAAGAAGCACGGAAGUAUUCAUGUGGGAUUCCCGGAAAACCUGACUCAUGGUGCGGCUGCUGGCAAUGGUGAUGAUGGAUUAAUUCCUCCAAGGAAGAGCAGAACACCUGAAAGCCAGCAAUUUCCUGACACUGAGAAUGAAGAGUAUCACAGUGACGAACAAAAUGAUAUUCAGAAACGACUUUCUGAAGAACAGAACACUGGAAUAUUACAAGAUGAGAUUCUGAUUCAUAAAGAAAAGCAGAAAGAAGUGGCUGAAAAGAAAAUGAAUUCUGAGCUUUCUCUUCGUUAUAAGAAAGAAAAAGACCUCUUGCAUGAACAUAGUAGGUUGCAGGAAGAAAUUGCCAUGCUAAGACUGAAGCUAGACAUAAUGAAACAUCAGAGCCAGCUAAGAGAAGAGAAAUAUUUGGAGGAAAUUGAAAGUGUGAGAAAAAAGACUGAUAAUCUUUUAAAGGCUCUACAAUUGAGUGAGCUCAUCAUGGAUGAUGAUACUGCCGUGCUCGUCAUUGACAACGGCUCUGACGUGUGCAAGGCCGGCUUUGCGGGCGACGAUGCCCCCCGGGCUGUCUUCCCUUCCAUCGUGGGGCACUCCAGGCACCAGGGCAUGAUGGGGGGCAUGCGUCAGAAGGAGUCCUAUGUGGUCAACGAGGCCCAGAGCAAGCAUCCUGACCCUGAAGUACCCCAUGGAGCAAGGCAUCAUCGCCAACUGGGACGACUGGGCUAA